AUGAUAUCCGACGAUAUAAAUCUUGCCGUUGUGGUGGUGGUGGUGGUGGUGGUGAUAGCGGCAGAGGUUGUGGGAUCUGCUAUAGAGGCAUCUAAUGGAAGACCGUAUAUUCUUGAGACAAUAGUUCAGUUUGCAAUUGGAAAGGCUUGUGAAGAGGGAAAAUGGGCGGCGGAGAUUUGCGAUCCAAGAAAAGGUGUUCGCGUUUGGCUUGGAACCUUCAACACCACCAAAGAAGCCGCCAGAGCCUAUGACAGAGAAGGUCGUAAGAUUCACGGAAAGAAAGCUAAAGUGAACUUCCCCAACGAGGAUGACAAACACUCCAUUCAACAAUCUCACAACAUUAUUCCAAACCUUCCUCCUCCUCUGUAUCAAUAUGGUGAUGCCACAACAACAACAUGA